AUAGUUAGGGACGUUGUGCGUUGUCGUCCUGCAUACAUCGGGAAGGCACCUACCGACCCACACAUCUCACGAGGGAGAAGGGCAAGCAAGUCUCUUCCACCUCCACUCUCUCUGGGCAGGGCGGUUGUUUGGAGCGGGUCCGAUGAGGUUGCCAAGAAAGCAGAAGGCGAAUGGCAGUGAGUGAAAGCAGCAAGCUGUAGAGGGCGGCUGCUGCUUGAAGCAGCCAGUCACUCAGCCUCCUCUUCUUCCUCUUGGGCAAGGGAAAUUGGGCCCAGUGGGAGGAGCAAGGACGGGUUGAGGUGGAGACAAUGGGGCGCUGGGGUCUCGUCACAUUGACCCCACUUCGGAAAGCUGAGCCUGGAGCCGCCGCGCAGAGCUUUAUGCGACCAGUCACAUGGCAAUAGGGACCCAGCGGGAAGUGAAUUCUGGUUCCUGGCUUGCGCGUCGGGGCAGCAGCGUUGCGCCUAGGUGCUAGGACCGAUCGCUGGGGUGUUCCUUAAGUGCCUUUGCCUCUGUAAGUAGCCCGCUGUACUCCAGGCAACAGAAGCUCACUUUGCCAGGAACAGCUUAGGGCAGUGUUUCCCAAACUUUCAACAUGCGCGUACCCCUUUUGAGACAUUGAUUUUACCGGCGUACCAACUUUCACAAAAAUAAUUGGGAGAGGGUAAUUUAACCAGAUCGGCUGCAUUUGUAAUCUCUUCGGUGAUGAGACGUUGCUGGGAAGUAUGGAUAAGAAUAUUGCAGAGCAGCUUAAUAAGGCAUACGAAGCCUUCCGACAGGCAUGCAUGGAUAGAGACUCUGCUGUGAAAGAGCUAAAGCAAAAGACAGACUGCUAUGAAAAGCAAAUAUGUGAACAACAAGACCAAAUUACAUUUCUUGCAAGCUUUGUUGCAAAACUCAAAUCACAGUUGGCUUCUUUGAGUUCCAACAAAGUUAAUGCACAUGACCAUGUUCCAGUACCUGAAGACAGUGAAACAAGAAGAAAUGGUACUUUACUAGACCUAAAUUCUGAUCAGCUCCAUGAAAAGCUGAAAUCAGCAAUGCAAAGAGAGAAGCUUUUAAAGGAACAAUUGGAGAGUGAAAGUAUAAAAUUAAAACAAACUGAAGAAGAAAGCAAUUUAAAGGAAAAGAAGUUCGAAUCUAUUAUCACCAUCAAAGAAGAUGAAAUAAGGCAUCUGAAAAAACAGUUGAAAGAAAGAAAUGAAGCACAAGAUUGCAUGCUGGUUCCAAGAUAUGAAAAAGAGGCAAGGAAUGAAAAACACACUUCGUCUAGGCAGGAAUUAUCUCCAGAGGCCUUUGCUACAGCUGUCUAUGAAAGGGAUGAACUUGAGACUAUUUUCUGGGGCAUGAAGGAACAAUUUCAUCGCAUACGUGCACUAGCAAGAGCACAGACGGACCAGCUGAGUAAAUUUAACCUACGGAGAGAACCUGUAACUGAAAUUUCAUUCUCCACGCCCAUCCAGUGCACCGAUGAACAAGCAGAUGAUCUUUGUAAUCCUUGGGUUAAAAAGGAUCUAAAUAGAGAUGUUUCACACUUCCCAUCUGCCACACCAAGAGGAAUGGGACAGGAAGAGGAAGAAAAUUCUGUUGAGUCCCUUUCUAAGUUUAAUGUUAAGUUCCCACCUACAGACAAUGAUGUCACUUUCUUGGAGAGUGCUCCAGAUGCUCCGCCUAUCCCAUGCACUGUGAUGACUGAGAACUUGCUUCUGGAUCAGCAGUUUAAUAAGGACCUUGGAGCCCAGGGGGUGAGCGUCAGUGACAAGAAGCGUAACUUCUUUGAGGAACAUGGUGCUGAUCCAAGUACUUCUGCAAUGCAUAACCUGCCAAAUACUAGUAAAGCCAGACCCUCUCCCCAUAUGAACACACUCAUACAGAAUCCUUUGGACAAUGCUCUGUGCUUUAACAUGCCUUUUUCAUACAAUUUUGGAACCACUGUCUUUCCAAAUCAAGAUAUCCCUGAUAGAAACCUUCCCUGUUUAGAAACUAAUGAGAGAACUGUUGGAGCACCUCAGCAGCCACUCCGGAACCCAUAUCCCACUCAAGAUAAUGACUUACUGGCACUUGCUUCUGCAGAAUCGGAACUUGAUCAGCCUGGAAUAUGUGAAUUCUGUCAAAAAGUUUUUCCACCAUUGCUUACAUCCAGGGAGGACUUUUUCAGGCAUCUGAAUUCACACUUCAACUUGAAGUCCUAGUGUCACUGGAGCACAGAUAAUUUUUAUUUAAACUGAAAACCUGCGGUUGCUCUACUUUAAUUUCAGUCCUACUACACAUCACAGUUUCAGAGCUUACAGCUACUUUGAUACCAGGAUCAAUCUGGAGCUAUGUUAAUUAUGAUUGAAGCCAAUUUCAAGGAAACUAGGUGCAACCGAACCAGUAUGUUCUUCUCAAAAACGGGGGUUGGGGAGAACUGGACAUUAUGACCAUCCAGUCUAAAAACUAGAAUGACUUGAACCUGUAUUUUGGGUAUGGAUUUAGUAACUCUAGCACAAUUGUGUCUUUGUUUUUCUUUUAUUAACCAACAAUUUUUCAUAUUAAAACAAACGUUUACUGUUGCUGUUGUAACAUUAGAUCAUGAAUGAUAACAGUCCUUCACUCCAACUAGAAACAGAUGUGAUGCAGGCAAGUCCCAAGUUAAGCAUUUACAGAGCAAAACAAGCCCUCUUUGCACUAGGCAGAUGUGUGUUUGGACAAGGCAGAGGUGUCCCUCUGCAUAGCAUUGCCAGCCUCUGCCUGCAGAGCGAGGCCAGCACAAAGCUCCACCUGCCACCUGGGUUAGGAUUGCACCCUUAAUUGUGUACUUACUCUGUGCUGAUCCUAUCACAUUUAAAUGCAUUUACUACAUUUGCUGACUCAUUAGCAAUUAGUAUUAGGACUCCACUCAUACACCCUUCUCAGCUCCUGAUCGUAAGUGUGCUACUGCCCUACAUCAAUGGUAAAGGCAUUAAACAUGACAAGUGGUCGCGGAACGCUUGUACAGAUAAGUGCUGUGGCCCAUGUGACUUUUGGGAGGCUGUUAGGAUCAGGAUAAAGAGUUGUCUAGAGCAGAGCUAGAGCUUGGCUGUUUUGCCUUGUCCUGUUUCAGGAUUAGUAAGCAGUUAUUACUUAUGCAGGUGGUCUCACUUAAACAAUAUCAACUUAAACAGUAGUAAAGCAACUUCUAGGAAUAGGGAUUCCCGUACCUAAAACCUAAAUUCUAUUGUUUAAGGCCAGUGAAGAAUAUUCAGAUUGACCUGUGGUGGUGAGUUUAGUCCACAAACGUUGGCCUUGUACCAGCAGUGUGUGUAUCUUUUCCCCACCCUUUCUCUCCUCCCCCAAAAAAAAUCAGUUGGCAAGGGAAGUUCACCCUAUGCUUUGUAAACUGUGCAUAAACCAGGGCUAUUGACUGCAAAGAAUUUUGUGACUUGCUGCAAUCUCUUGAAUUUGGGGACACGGGGGGAAGCAAUCUAGCACAAAGAACCUGUUUCUGUAUGGAUUGCCCUCACUGAGAUGGGGGGCCUUCCCCCGUCUAGUACACUGUAUAUUUUAUAAGCAUCCUGCUCACUAUCAGUUGAGUAUAACAGCAUUAACCUGCAGUAACUCCAUUUUAUGGGGAAAGGCAGUAGCUCCGUGAUAGAGAAUAUGCUUGGCAUGCAGAAAGUCCCAUCUUCAAUCCCUAGCAUUUCUUGGUAGGGCUGAAAAACCUAGUGAGCCACUGUCAGUCAAUGCAGAUAGUGCCGAGUAGGGCGGAUCUAAUAGUCUAGCUUGAUAUAAGGCAGCUUCUAUGUUCCUCAGCUUACCAGUCAAGGAUUCUUGGAGGAAGUUGGGGGUCCUGGGAAGCCCAGUACUCCUAGGUCCUUCAUUCCCAAAGGCCUUAAUAUUCCUGUCAGCCCUCCUUUACUUCACCCACUGCUACUUUUACCUAUUCCAAAUCCCCUUCCCCUUGUUUAAGACUAUGUGAAGGAGGGAGGAAGCCUGCACUAUUGCCUGCCUGCCAAUCAAGCAGGCAGAAACUGUUGUCAGUCUUAACAGCUAAAGAAAAAAGGGACAGUGGGAGGAACUGCAGCCUCCAGAAAUGUCAGUAGACGAAGACCCCCAUUUCCAAUUGGAAUUGUGAACGAUUACAGGGAAGAUCCAUAGCCCAGUAAGAGCACAGACUUUGCAAGUGGAACAUCUAAGAUUCCAUUCCCAGAAUUUCCAGUUUAAAUUGAUCAGGAAGCAAGUAAUGGGAGAAACCUCUGCCUGAGACUCUAGUGCUGCUGCAAGGCAGAGGAGGCAAUACUAGACUAGAUUGGCCAAUGGUCUGGCAAUAUCAGGAGUUGCACAGAACAACCAGCAGUCCUGGAUGCAGAUCCCUAUUUGAGGCAAAAGACACAUCCGACCAGUUUAAUAGGACCGAGGUAAACAUGAUAUAAGGUGUUCAUAAUAUAUCAUGACUACACAAGCAUUUAGCUUUAUUGGGGUCUUUUGUGGAGAGCUUUAUUUGUUUUUAACUUUCAUUUUCAACAUAGAUCACAUAAGUUGUUAAUACUCAGCAGUUUACAAUCAUUGGGGCUUUACCUGAGACACUUAAAGCACACACAUAUAUAUGCCAGUGUGAUAUUUUUCAACAAGCUGAUAAUGUUUGCAACAUGGUAACCUUGGCCUAUGAGGUUUUUUGUCCAGAUGUAUACUGUAUGUUUUAAUAAUUUGUCUAUAUGUGCUGUUAAUAUCUAAACUUCACAUUUCCAAAUGUCUAAUAUAUACAUAAAAGUCCCCAUUUUACAAAUCAAUAGAGAGGAGAAAACCUUGAUGUCUUGCUUAACUUAUUUGGCUAUACAGACAUUUUUGUACAACUUUGGUUACAACCACUCAUCUGUUUUUGACAAGCUGUUAACUGCCUUUGCUCUAAAAUAAACUGUACUGUGCAGGGUUUUGUCUCUAGUGUGACCCAGAAUGUGUGUGUGGUUUUCCUGUAAUAAAACAUCCAUGCCA